UCAGUUCUGCUCCUGUCGGCCGUGUCGAAGAGGACGAAAGUGACCUUUACAAAUUGUGAAAAUGCGUGCCUUCCAAGUUGUUUUAUUCGUGGCCAUUUGUGCUGCUGCUAAUGCCGGCUACAUUGGUGCCGGUUAUGGAGCUGGUCUAUCAGGCUACGGAGGUAGCCACGGAGGCUACAGUGGGUACUAUCCUGUACAAGCCGACUACGGACACGGUCAUAGCCAGGAUUAUUAUUCGUACCCGAAAUAUUCGUUCGAUUAUGCUGUAGCAGACCCUCAUACCGGCGAUCAUAAGACGCAGUGGGAGAGCCGAGAUGGGGAUGUUGUCAAAGGUGCCUACUCUCUUGCGGAACCAGAUGGCACUACUCGCAUCGUUGAAUACACAGCUGAUAAAAUCCACGGUUUCAACGCAGUAGUCAAACGCAUUGGUCAUGCGCAUCACCCACAACACUACAACACUCACAGCUCAGGUGGUUUUUACUCUCACUAUUAGAUGGCGCUGUUAUAACGUGGCAUGUAGUUCCAACAACGCCCAAUAGAUGGUACUGCUUUAAGUUUAAUAAAUUCUUAAACCAGUGUCAGACUGUGAUAUUACCUUCGAUGUAUUAUUUAAAAUGAUAAUCGUGCGUAUCGAAAAAUAAUAUAAUUAUCAGAAAGAUAAUUAUUACUGUAUUAGCUUAUAAGGUUUGUAAAGUAACGAUUAAUCGUUGAUUGUUUUGAUACAGCGGGAUGAAAAAUAAAGAGA